AUGGUUAAUAAUGUAACAUUAAAUGAACUAAUAAAGAAAAAACCAAAACGAUUUGCAGAAGAUUUUGAAGCUGGAAAUCUUAGUGAUGGAUUUGAUAAUGAAUAUGAUGAUGAGUUAAACAAAUAUUUGAAACAACGUAUUGAUACAGAAUCAAUUGAUGAUAAUCCAUUAUCAUUUUGGUAUCAAAAUCAAUUUACCUAUCCUAUUUAG